AUGAGCCGUCGGACUGCCGGGGCCCUACCUGCUGGGCCCUCAGAGCGGCCUCCAUCCCAGAGCGAGCCUGCCCUGCCUGACACAACUGCAUCCAGCUGUGAGUUGGCGAGUCUUUUCCUGUGUCCAGUCUGCUUUGACUAUGUGUUACCACCCAUCCUUCAGUGUGGGCGUGGCCAUCUUGUUUGUGGCAACUGUCGCCAACAGCUGACUUCUUGUCCAAUUUGCCAGGGCCCGCUGGGGUCCGUUCGCAACUUGGCUAUGGAGAAAUUGGCCAAUUCAGUACUUUUCCCUUGUCAAUAUGCCCCUGCUGGGUGUGGAAUAACUCUGCCGCCCGUGGAAAAAGCAGACCACGAAGGGCUCUGUGAGUUUAGGCCUUAUUCCUGUCCGUGCCCUGGUGUUUCCUGUCAAUGGCAAGGCUCUCUGGAGGCUGUCAUGCCCCAUCUGUUGCAGCAGCACGCGUACCUUAAAGCAAUACAAGGGGAGAAAACAGUUUUCCUUGCUAUGGACAUUAAUGUUUCUGGGGCUUUUGACUGGGCGAUGAUGCAGUCCUGUUUUGGCUUUCACUUCAUGGUGGUCUUGCAGAAACAGGAAAACGACAAUGGUGAACAGCAGUUCUGCGCAAUUGUACAGCUGAUAGGAACACCCCAGCAAGCCGAAAAUUUUACUUACCGACUUGAGCUGAAUGGUCACAAACGACGAUUGACUUGGGAAGCAACUCCUCCGUCUAUUCGGGAAGGAAUUGUCACAACCAUCAUGAAGAGUAACUGCCUUGUCUUUGACACCAGCCUUGCACAGCUUUGUGCAGGAAAUGGCAAUUUAGGCAUCAUUGUAACUAUUGCAAAGCGUUGA